AGGCCACAGCCUAAUGUGAUUUUGUUGGAUGCUCACUAGAUUAUGGAUUAGAAUUGAUCAGGUCCAUCCACUAUGAGCCUUAUGUUCUUUCUACUACCUUCCUUUGUGGCAGUAUUUUGAUUACAAAUUUUAUUUUCUUCUUCAAUUUUAUAUGAACAAUAUUGUAUUUCCAUCAUUAACCUGUAAUAUUUUAUUAUUUUCUAUUUAAACACUCUCAUUCUAUUUUAUGUUAUGGAAGGUGUCCGACCAAGAAAAAGUCAAGAGCUGACCAGCAUGGGAGCUGCAAAUGGAAGCAAAAAAUACAGGUCAUCUCCCAUGGUGCCACCCCCAUACCGACUGCUUGUCAUGGCACUCUAUGUGGCUGCUGGUUCCCUUACUCUUGUCAUUGUUGCAGUGAGUCUGAACAACGUGUGGCCGUUCAAAAGCUCGAGUCACGGCGCAGGCGUGCUGGACCGCCUCUCUGUCAUGCUGGGCGUCCAGGAGGAGGUUCAUGCUGUCAUCAUCGAUGCUGGCUCCACUGGCUCCAGGGUGCUGGCCUUCACUUUCUUCCGUUCCAUAGCAGACAAUUCUCUGAAGCUGGAAGAUCAGUUGUGGCAUGAAGUGAAGCCUGGUCUCUCCAGCUAUGCUGACGACCCCGUCAAGGGCGCAGCGUCGCUGGUGCCGCUGCUGGAGCUCGCGUACUCGCGGGUGCCGGCGCUGGCGCGGCCCCACACGCCGCUCGUGCUCAAGGCGACUGCCGGCCUGCGCCUCCUGCCCGACCACCAGGCUCAGGCCCUGCUGCACGAGGUGAACAAGCUGCUGCAGUCCUCAGAGUUCCUGACGACAGAGAACUCAGUUGGGAUCAUGGAUGGCAGGGACGAGGGCAUCUUUUCUUGGUUCACUGUCAAUUAUCUGCUGGACCGUGUAGGCAGCGCACCGCGGGAGACGCUCGUGGCGCUAGACCUGGGCGGCGGGUCUACGCAGAUCACCUUCGUGCCUGCAGACCAGCUCACCAUCACCAGGGCCGAGCCUCACCAACUCUCCUCCAUAUCUCUCAUGAACCAGAACCUCGACCUCUUCACCCACAGCUACCUGGGGCUCGGCCUGAUGGCGGCGAGGAAGGACGUGCUCCUCCACGACCUCCCCAACUACGUGCCGGGGAGCGACGAGCUCAUCCGCUCCCCCUGCAUCAACCCUACGGUCACGACGACGUGGGACUACGGCGGCCACACCUACCACGUCACGUCAGUCUUAUGCACCACACUACCACGUCACGUCAGUCUUAUGCACCACACUACCACGUCACGUCAGUCUUAUGCACCACACUACCACGUCACGUCAGUCUUAUGCACCACACUACCACGUCACGUCAGUCUUAUGCACCACACUACCACGUCACGUCAGUCUUAUGCACCACACUACCACGUCACGUCAGUCUUAUGCACCACACUACCACGUCACGUCAGUCUUAUGCACCACACUACCACGUCACGUCAGUCUUAUGCACCACACUACCACGUCACGUCAGUCUUAUGCACCACACUACCACGUCACGUCAGUCUUAUGCACCACACUACCACGUCACGUCAGUCUUAUGCACCACACUACCACGUCACGUCAGUCUUAUGCACCACACUACCACGUCACGUCAGUCUUAUGCACCACACUACCACGUCACGUCAGUCUUAUGCACCACACUACCACGUCACGUCAGUCUUAUGCACCACACUACCACGUCACGUCAGUCUUAUGCACCACACUACCACGUCACGUCAGUCUUAUGCACCACACUACCACGUCACGUCAGUCUUAUGCACCACACUACCACGUCACGUCAGUCUUAUGCACCACACUACCACGUCACGUCAGUCUUAUGCACCACACUACCACGUCACGUCAGUCUUAUGCACCACACUACCACGUCACGUCAGUCUUAUGCACCACACUACCACGUCACGUCAGUCUUAUGCACCACACUACCACGUCACGUCAGUCUUAUGCACCACACUACCACGUCACGUCAGUCUUAUGCACCACACUACCACGUCACGUCAGUCUUAUGCACCACACUACCACGUCACGUCAGUCUUAUGCACCACACUACCACGUCACGUCAGUCUUAUGCACCACACUACCACGUCACGUCAGUCUUAUGCACCACACUACCACGUCACGUCAGUCUUAUGCACCACACUACCACGUCACGUCAGUCUUAUGCACCACACUACCACGUCACGUCAGUCUUAUGCACCACACUACCACGUCACGUCAGUCUUAUGCACCACACUACCACGUCACGUCAGUCUUAUGCACCACACUACCACGUCACGUCAGUCUUAUGCACCACACUACCACGUCACGUCAGUCUUAUGCACCACACUACCACGUCACGUGACUAACGUGCCUGAUGAGCUGCGCGAGAGAGAAGUUAUUGCGUUCAGUUAUUUCUUCGACCGCGCCACGGAGAGAGGCCUUAUUGAUCCGCUGCAUGGCGGCGUCGUCACAGUCAACGAGUUCGCUCAGGCUGCCCGACAAACUUGCGAUAUCCCGAACGCUGAGCAGCCGUUCGCCUGCCUCGACCUGACGUUCAUCGCAGCCUUCCUGCACAACGGAUACCGCCUCAAGCCGGAGUCUCCUGUUAAACUCUACAAGAAGAUCGACGGCUACGAGCUCAGCUGGGGUCUCGGUCUCGCCUUCCACGUCAUCAACAACGGCAUAUGAACUGGACGCUGCCAGAGACGUCUCUGCCAGUGAUUCCGGGCUCUGCCAGAGACAUUUCUGCCAGUGAUACAGGGCGCUGUCAGAGACAUCUCUGCCAGUAAUACAGGGCCCAGUCUGACAUCUCUGCCAGUGAUACAGGGCUCUGUCAGACAUAUAUGCAAGUGAUACUACCUGUCAGUGUUUUGGCAGACUACCCUGCAAGUAAUACUGACAGUGUGCUGGCAGACGUCUCUGCCACUGAAACUUCUUUUUUGAAGCGCUGUAAAAGACAAUAUCUGUAAAUGGCACGUUCUGUCAGAAUCGUUCUGGCACGACCGCUCUGCAAUUGUGACUUCCUGUCAGAGUGCUGUCAAUUGCCUUCACCAGUGAUACUUGCUGUCAGAGAUAACUCCCGUUAGUAUCCGUUGUAUUAGCACUUGUCUUUUUAUCAAUCGAACUCACGCGUCAAAUUUCAUAACCGGAGUUCGAUCAAUAACAGUCCAAUAACUUCGAUAUUAUUUUCUUAUGUCUGAGUUCAUCACUCAUUCUAGAAGUCUAAUUUCUUAGGUAAACCUUUUAUUUACGAAUACAUUAACCAUCGCAGCAUUAUUCGUACUGAAUGUCCAGGUAACGCUAGUUAACCUGAUUAGACCCAAGGUUAAAUUAUUAAAAACCUGAAAAAAUGCAAAUAUGAGCUCUGUUGUGCAGUAUGUUUGCAUAGGAGACCAAGAACAGGUCAUCUCUGUUGCAAAAAAAGAGUGCCGUUCCUGAUAUUCAUUCUACAGAUCCGCUCCGGCAGAAGGUUUUCUUGCCUUGCAAGUAACGCGUUAUCGCGUGGUCUGUUGUGUCUUGUUUAUUUGGUGUCGUUGUUGGGUCUCCUUGACAGUGCCUCACUUCUCAUCGAUCACCGCUAAUUCGCUGCUUUCUAUAUGUUAAUGAUGUAUUAAAAAUGAUAAUUUCAUAAAAUAGAUGAAUUUAAACGUGCAGAAAUGUUCGUCUGAAUAUUAUUGUUAGUCGACAAACCUAACAUUCACUCAUGACGGUGUUAACAAUUGUAUCAUUUAAUUUACCUCUUGUUCAAUUCAA